UCCGGGCCCGCAUGACGGCGGAGCUGCAGGCCCCGGGCGCCGGCGGAGGGGACUGCCAGAUGCUUUUAAACCAGCUGAAAGAGAUCACAGGAAUUCAAGACUCCUCUUCCCUUCAUGCUGCUCUAAAGGCUGCUAAUGGAGACCUGAUGGAAGCAGUCGUCUUCUUGACAGAGGAGAACGCCCAGGAGCCAGCUCAGGAUGUGGCUGCUGCAGAGCCAUCUGCUUGGAAAGGGAGCGCAGUGGACAGAGAGCUCCCACAGAAUGUUACUAUUGUACUUACCUCAAACAACAAACAUGACCUCCCUGAGAUCCACAGGGUCACACCACUGGAAUCACCAGAAACUCAGGCUGCACAGAAGGAUGCUCCGGAGAGGCCACAGGAAGCACAUUCUGCUGAAAGCAAAAGCGGCUCCAAAAGGAAACGCUGUGAAGCCUGGGGAGAGAACCCCAAGCAGAGUGACCGGAGGAGAGUGGGCGACUGGCCUGUUGGGGUGAAAAACAUUGGAAACACGUGUUGGUUUAGUGCUGUCAUACAGUCUCUAUUUCAGCUGCCAGAAUUUCGGAGGCUGGUCCUUACGUACAGCCCCUCGGAGCUUAUGCUUCAAAGCCAUCACACUCGCGCUGACAAAAGAAACAUGACAUUCAUGCUAGAACUUCAGUGUCUGUUUGCACUAAUGCUGGGGACCCAGCGCAAGUUUAUAGACCCUUCUGUAGCACUGGAACUCUUGAAGGAUGCGUUCAGAUCCACUGGAGAACAGCAGCAAGAUGUCAGUGAAUUUACACACAAACUACUGGACAGGGUGGAGGAUGCUUUCCAGCUCACUGUGAAUGCCAAGAACCCGGAGGACAAGUCUGAAAACCCAAUGGUACAGCUUUUCUACGGGACUUUCCUGACUGAGGGUGUCCAUGAUGGCAUUAAUUUUUCCAAGAUCGAAACCUUUGGUCAGUAUCCCCUUCAGGUAAAUGGUUAUCGAGACUUGAAUGAGUGCUUGGAAGGAGCCAUGGUGGAGGGAGAAAUGCAGGAGACGACCACAUCUGAGCCAGACAAGUACAGGCAGGAGCGCUGGUUUACAAAACUCCCCCCGGUGCUGACCUUUGAGCUCUCCCGAUUCAAGUUCAAUCAGUCACUGGGACACACCGAGAAGAUUCACACCAAGCUAGAAUUUCCCGAGACCAUUUACAUGGACAGGUACCUCUACAGCAGUAAAGAGCUUAUUCAGAAGAAGAGAGAAGAGGUUAAGAGACUGAGUGAGAAACUGGUGAUUCUGCAGCAGAAACUGGAGAGGUACCUGAAUUACGGCUCCGGCCCAGCCCGCUUCCCACUGCCUGACAUGCUCCAGUAUGUGCUGGAAUUCGUUGCCACAAAGCCAGCUGUGGCUAUUCCUUCUGCUCAGGACUCCCAGACAAGACCUCUGCAGUCCCCAACCAAGCCUUGUGUUUCAGACAGGCUUUCCCAACCAAACGGCACACUGGAAAGGAGGGGCAGUAGGACAAAAGAUGGAGCUUUCUCUUCACCUGAGCAAGACUCGAGUGCUCCCCUGCAGACAUGUGAUGCAGCCCCAGCAGUGUCUGAGCAUCCAGCUCCUCAUGUGGUUUCCGAGGAGGAGCUCAAUCUGGUUCAGACCUGUCUGGAGCGGUGGAGAAAAGAGAUCGAGCAAGACAUGCAAGAUCUGAAGAGAACUAUUGCCGGAAUCAACGUGUCCAUUGAGCAAAUAUACUGUGACCCCCUCCUCCAGCAGGUUCCCUAUCGCUUGCAUGCAGUCCUGGUACACGAAGGGCAAGCGAACGCUGGUCACUACUGGGCCUUCAUCUACGACCAGCCUCGGAAAAGCUGGCUCAAAUACAACGACAUCUCCGUGACAGAAUCCUCGUGGGAAGAGGUGGAGAGGGAUUCCUUUGGGGGCGUGAGGAAUGCCAGUGCCUACUGCCUGAUGUACAUCAGUGACAAGGUGUCCAGACCUGCUGCGCAGGGUACUCGGUCCCUAGUGGUGCUGCCCCUGUUCCUUCCAGACACCUCGGGGGUUCAGAAGGAAAUUGAAGACUUGCCCCUGGAACUGAAGCAGUUCAUCCAGGAGGACAACAGGCGCUUCGAGCAGGAGGUCGAGGAGUGGGAGGAGGAGCACUCCUACAAGAUGCCCCAGAGGGAACCUUCGCCCACUCCUGAGUUGCAGGAGCUCUCCUCUGACACAGGCCCAGAUCAGUCCUCGCCCUCCACGUGUGCCCUGGUCUCCAAGCACACCCACAUCUCACAGGAGCAGACGGCUGAGGCCAUAGCCAGAACCGGCAGCACCUACGACAGUAAAGGGGCUGAGGCAGCUCUCUGCGAGCCCAAGGAGGUAGAGCCAGUGAAGGCCCAGAUGGGAGAAACAGCCCCUACGGGUCAGGCAGAACAGCCCCAGGACGCUAAUGAAGCAGAGCCUGCUGCCCACAGUAGCUCACAGGUCUCUGAGGUGGAAAUCCCCAGUGUGGGGAAGAUUCCCGUUAGAUCCGAUGCAGAUGGAUAUAAUGAGGAGGUGAUGCUGAGUCCAGCCAUGCAAGGUGUCAUCCUGGCUAUUGCAAAAGCCCGCCAGACCUUUGAUCGGGAUGGGUCUGAAGCAGGGCUUGUUAAGGCAUUCCACGAGGAGUAUUCCAGACUAUACUUACUCUCCAAGGAGCUCCCGAGUCCUCGGAAAGAUGCAAGGUUGCAGCAUGUGCUCAUUUACUUACUGCAAAACAAGGCUCCACAGCAGAUCGUGGAACGGACCCUCCUGGAGCAGUUUGCAGACAGAAACCUCAGCUAUGAUGAAAGGUCCAUUAACAUCAUGAGGGUAGCACAAGCAAAGCUGAGACAACUCGGUCCUGACGAUGUCGAUAUGGAGGAGUACAAGAAAUGGCACAAAGACUACAGCCUCUUCCGCCAGGUGUCCGUUUACCUGCUGACGGGGCUGGAGCUGUACCAGAACGAGAAGUACCAGGAGUCACUCACCUACCUGGUGUAUGCCUACAAGAACAACACCAAGCUGCUGAAGAAGGGCAUCAACAGAGGAGUGGACGAGUCACUGAUUGCCGUGUACAGAAGGAAUUGUCUCCUGAAGCUGAAUGAAGUGGCAGCAUCUAUGUUCAUAAGCUGUGAAGAAGAUCGGGUGGCAGAGGGCAUUAGCAUCCUGAACGAGCUGAUCAUCCCCUGCAUGCACCUCAUGAACAACUUGGACAUCACCAGAGAGGACCUGGAUGCCCUCGAGGUCAUGAGAAACCUUUGGUGCUCCUAUUUGGGUCGCGAAGACAUGGACGCAAAGCUGCAGAUGAGGCUGGGUGAGCUCCUGCCCCAGCUCCUCGACUGCCCCAGCAGGGACAUCGUCCUGAAGGAGCCCCCGAAGAUCCGUCCCAACUCCCCCUACGACCUCUGCAGCCGCUUCGCUGCCGUCAUGGAGUCCAUCCACGGAGCCUCCACCGUCACUGUGAAGUAGCCCAUGGCCACACGUCCUCCACCGGCAGCACCUGCGAGGGAGCAGGCAGAGAAGGGGCAGCUCGAGGCCAGAGUGCUGCUGCUCAUGCAUACAAGGCAGUGAAACAGGAUUGCACUUGACAGACAAAACCUCACCACAUAAAGCAGGGUUCUGCUUCCGCAGCUUCCUGGGCACGGAGCCUGAGGCCUGUGACAGCCACAGAGCAAGGGUCUGCUCCGCAGGUGAGCAGCCACGAGCUGCUGUUGGCCUGUCAAGCACCUUUACAUCAUCCUGAGGGAUGAGACAAGAAGUGCAGGUCUUGCCAAGCUCCUGCUAUAGCAGGAAUCAGGGCUGUGUCAUCAGGAAGCAGGGAUGGAGGGUGGCUCCCGCUUUCUCCUAUGGGCAGCUGAGUAUUCUGGUCAAGCAAAGAGGGUUUUGGGCUUUUAUGUUUUGCCUGGCAGGAGCAGAUACACAGGAGUCUUCCUCUGAGGAAGCAGUGAGAGGAGAUUCUCUUCUGCUUGGUUAAGGGAGAUCCAGAGGACAUCCCCCCCCUCAAAUGUCCUCCCCUCAGGGGCUCAUUGUCAGAUGAGCAUCAACAAGUGCUGAGGGCUGGAAUGGGCUCCUUCUUGUUGGUGGUGGGCUUCCCAUGUUGAUGUUCUGUGAAACCAGUGCCCUGUUUGUGGCUGCAGCCGUUGCU